UUAAAUGUAAAAAAUGCAAAAUAGAAAGAUUUUCCACUAGUGCUCUUUUGGACCCGACUGUGUGUGUGUUUGUGCAUUUGCGUGUGUGUGUGUGUGUGUGUGUGUGUGUGUGUGUGUGUGUGUGUGUGUGUGUGUGUAAACAAACAAUUUAUAAAAAUAAAAUUUAGUUCAAGAUUAAUGAAUGAAUAAAUAUGUUCUCUUCUCCCCUCCAGUCGAUGUGGCCUUAGGAGGAAUAGCAACACAAUCUUCUUUACUUGCUAACUAUUACCAUGCUUACUUUGCUAUCGAUGGCAACAGAGCAUCUUACUUUAAUUCUCACUCAUGUUCCUGUACAAAUUCUGAAUAUAACCCAUGGUGGAGGGUGGAUUUGUUGGCGAUGUAUGAUAUUAGCAAUGUAAUCAUCACUAACAGAGGGGACUGCUGUCCAGAACGGAUAAAUGGUGCUGAGAUUCACAUUGGCAACUCCUUGGUCAAUAACGGCAACGAUAACCCCAGAUGUGUCGUUAUCUCUAGCAUCCCUGCUGGUGCCUCUGCAAAUUACACCUGCUAAAUGAGGGGUCGUUAUGUGAACAUCAUCAUUCCCAAUGUUAGCCAGUAUCUCACGCUCUGUGAAGUGGAAGUCUAUGGGGUUCCAGGUUACACUUUUAUAUUCAGUUCACAAUUUCAUAUAACUUAAAGUCAA